AGCAACGUCAUAGCCCAGUCGAGGGUGGGAUAGGCGCCGAGAUUUUGGAAUAAAGUGGUGAACUGGACCGGUUCUUGGCCAGUUUAGUCGGUGAUAACUGGUCUGAAGAAGGCGAAGCCACGCGCGCACAUCCACUGCUAGAAGUGAUACAGAAGCCAGGAUGAAGAGGAUGACUGUGCUGCUGUGGUUGGGGGUUCUGCUCUCCCUCUCUCACGCUCAGCCGUAUGAGCCGGAGGAGGAAGAGCACGGCGCGGAAGAGCACGUGGAGCUCUUCACCACGCCCAGAACCAAGAUGGCCGCCGCCACCUCUGACUUUGGCUACAACCUGUUCCGGCAACUGGCCUCCCGCGACCCGCCAGCCAGCUUCCUCCUCUCCCCCAUCACCAUCUCCGCUGCUCUCACACAGCUCUCCAUGGGUGCCUCCUCCCAGGCGGAGAAACAGAUGUACCGUGUGCUGCGCUACCAUAACCUGCAGGACAGCCAGCUGCACGACACCCUGAGAGACCUGCUGUCCUCUGUCCGCUCCCCGGGAAAGGGCCUGAGUGCAGCCUCCCGUGUCUACCUGGAGAGGAAGAUGCGUCUCAAGCUGGAGUACUUGAACGCGGUGGAGAAGCAGUACGGGGUGAGGCCCAAGGCCCUGACGGGCGGAACCCGCGACCUGAAGGAGAUCAACGAUUGGGUCAAGCAGCAGACGGGCACCAAGGUGGACAACUUCCUGUCUUCAUCCCCCCAGAAUCCGGGCGUGUUUCCUGUGGCAGCUGCGUACUUCAAAGGUCAAUGGGUGACCCGGUUCAGCCAGUCUGGAAAGACAGAGAACUUCCAGGUCGAUGGAGCACCGGCAACUCAAGUUCCCAUAAUGCAACAGGACAGGUACCCAGUCAAGAUGGGCUUUGACAGCGACCUUGCAUGCACAGUUGUUCAGGUGCCUAUGCAGGGCGACCUAAGCAUGGUCUUCUUCCUGCCAGAUGACGUCACGACGAACAUGACCCUGAUAGAGGAGAGUCUGACGGCGGAGUUCGUGCAGGACCUGUCUAACACGCUCCACUCCGUUCAGGUGGACCUCACUCUGCCCGUUCUCAAGCUCCACUAUUCCACCAACACGCUCCCUUUUCUCUCCGACAUGGGCCUAUCGGAGUGGCUGGCCCAGACGGAACUGGAGAAGAUCACCGGCCAGGCCGCCAAGGUCAGCGGCAUGCAUCACAAAGUGAUGAUGGAGACCGCUCCAGAGGGCAGCCAAUCCGCCAGCCCCGCCCCUGCCUCCACUGGCCAAUCGCUGCCCCUGACCUUCAACGUCAACCGCCCUUUCAUCUUCCUGGUGCGGGACGACCCCUCGGGGACGCUCCUGCUCAUCGGGAAGGUUCUGAACCCGCGGGACCUGGCCUGAGCGACCGCUCCGGCAGGCUCCUGGGCAGGGGUUAGGCUUCGCACGCUACACGCAGGACACGGGACUGUACACACGCAUGCGCGCUUGUAAGAAACAGCGCAGGGACUCUCACGCUCAGCACGUACAAUCAGCCCAACGACUGGACAGAUGACUUCCGUCUUACCUACACGCAUUGUCACAUAUUGUCAGUGUCACCAAAAGACUUUGUAUCUCCAAUAAGAAAUCGAAUUCUCAGGAACAGCAUCUGCUUCUUAUAUUUCAUUUACCAACAUAGCAUUGUGAUUUACUUGUUUCACACAAAUUGUCAAUGCGGUUGAGUUAUGAAACACUGGCAAUACAUGGAGCUGCAUGACAACCCUCAAUUUGUCAAAAUGACAAAAAAGGACAUACAGUGUUUUUUCAUGACACAGGCAAUAUGCAACAUGUAGCCUGCUCUCUUUGACAUGCCACAGCCACCAUGACAUCCAGAAUUGUAUCAAACUAUAAAGCUAGCCCUAUGCGUAACAACCAGCAUACAUGCUCAGUUUAAAUGCAAAGAUGUUCUAUACUGAUGAUGUAUGGCAUGUGAAUAGUGACACAUCAUGCAUGGACUCCUGUAAAUCUGGUGACAGAACCGUCACACCACAGCUGUUUGCGUAUUUUUUAUUGCAUAUUCUCAAUGCAUAUUUCCUUGCUGACAAUCACAGAGUUGUGAAGAGCUAGAUCUGAAAUAUAACAUACUCAUUUUCUUCGG